AUGGUUCAUCUCACCGUCGCCCUUGUGGCCCCUCUUUUGGCGGCCAUUGCAAAUGCUUUCAACUAUGACCAGCCCUACCGUGGCCAAUAUCAUUUCUCGCCCAAGGAACAUUGGAUGAAUGACCCCAAUGGUCUCUUGUAUCAUGAUGAGACCUACCAUUUGUUCUUUCAGUACAACCCUGGCGGUAUUCAGUGGGGCAACAUGUCCUGGGGCCAUGCCACCAGCAAGGACCUCACCCACUGGGAGGAGCAGCCCAUUGCCCUCCUAGCUCGGGGAUAUGGUGGCAACGUCACCGAGAUGUACUUCAGUGGAAGUGCGGUCGUCGAUGUGGAUAACACCAGUGGCUUUGGAAAAGAUGGCAAGACCCCUUUGGUUGCCAUGUACACGUCCUACUACCCUGUUGCGCAGACCCUACCGAGUGGAAAGUACAUUCAGGAGAAUCAACAGGCCCAGUCCAUCGCAUACAGUCUUGACCAAGGUAUCUCCUGGACGACGUACGAUGCCGCAAACCCAGUCAUCUACCAACCUCCCACCCCAUACCAAGAUCAGUACCAAAACUUCCGUGACCCCUUCGUGUUCUGGCAUGAGGAAUCGCGAAAAUGGGUCGUCGUGACUUCUCUGGCCGCAUUGCACAAGCUCGCAAUCUACACUUCUGAAAAUCUCAAGGACUGGAAGCUGGCGAGUGAAUUCGGUCCUUACAACGCCCAAGGCGGCGUUUGGGAGUGCCCUGGCCUAUUCCAGCUUCCCCUUGAUAAAGGGAAAUCCAUGAAGUGGGUCAUCACGAGCGGAAUAAACCCUGGUGGUCCCCGGGCACAGUUGCGUGUAUCCCGGAAAUGCAACUGCCAACUGGAUGGACUGGGGCCGGACUUCUAUGCGUCGGCUGGUUACAAUGGCCUCGCUGCUCACGACUUCGUCCAAAUUGGAUGGAUGAACAAUUGGCAGUACGGAACGAACAUCCCCACCACUCCCUGGCGCAGCGCGAUGUCUAUCCCUCGACACCUGUCCCUCAAGACCAUUGGUUCUAAAGCCCUUCUCAUUCAGCAGCCUCAGGAAGCCUGGUCUUCCAUUGUGAAAAAGCAUCCCGCCUACUCGCACACAUAUAAAAGUAUCCCGCAAGGCUCCGUUAACGUGGGAACUACAGGAGAGACAAUCAAACUUGACUUGAGCUUCUCUGCUGCUUCGACGGCUUCAAAGUUCGCCAUCGCCGUUCGAGCCUCCGCAGAUUUCACCGAGCAGACGCUUGUUGGGUACGACUUUGUUAAUAAAGAGGUCUUCAUUGAUCGCACCCAGUCUGGAGAUGUGUCGUUUGACACAACUUUCGCGAGCGUCUACCGCGGGCCCCUCGCGCCUGGUAAUAAUGACAUGGUCAAGUUGACCAUCUUUGUUGAUCGGUCUAGUGUGGAAGUCUUCGGCGGCCAAGGUGAGACUACCCUGACGGCUCAAAUAUUUCCAAACAGUGACGCGCUUCACGCCCGGCUGGUGUCAACUGGGGGAGCUACUAAAAGGGUUGAUCUCAAUGUCUACAAUGUCGCUUCGGCUUGGAUCUAG